ACCACAAACCAACAAGUUCGUCUCCUCUCUCUCUCUCUCUCUAUCUCUCUCUCUCUCAUAGAGACCUCUUCUCAGGGUUUCUUCGAUUACCUGUUAGCGAAGAGAAAAGGAAGAAGCAUCCGAAUCUUCAUCGUCAUCGUCAUCGUCAUCGUCUUCUAUAUUCUUCUUUCUACCGUUGAUUGAUAACUUGAAGGACUUUAAUAAAGUGAAGUUUGCAAAUUUGGGCUGCUUGUGGAGCUUCCAUUCUGGACAGAUCCAACGAAUUUGAGUUGCUUGAUCUGGAAUUUGGUUGCCACGUAACAAUACUGAAGUGGGUUUUGCUUUGGAACCGUCUUAAACUUAGGUUAUUCGUGGAUUCUUGCAAAGGGAUUUGUUUGGUUGAGUUAAAGGUGUCGUGCUGAGUAAUUAAAUUUAUGAUUUGGAACGGGUUAUGGCUGCGGGUAUGGAUCUUUCGCCUCCAUUUGCUAUAUUAGAAGGUGGUUACAAUAACAUGGAUAAUGUAUCAACUAUGGAAGAUCAGAGCUCGGAGAGCUUGAAUAAUUUGAAAAAAGUGACAAAUGGAAAACCUCCACGGCAUCUUUCAGUUAUGCGGCAUAGCAUGAGCUCGAUGAGGCUGCUGGCCACUGCUGAGUUGGAUUUGGAUGUCAGUAUUAUUUCCAGUAAAUCUCCUUCUGAUGAAAAGUCAGAUUUCUUACCCAUGCUCCGCUCAGGGAGCUGUGCAGAAAGAGGACCUAAACAGUACAUGGAGGAUGAGCACAUAUGUGUAGAUAAUCUUAUUGAAUAUCUAGGUGCAACUGCUGACUUCCCUUCUCCUGGGGCUUUCUAUGGGGUGUUUGAUGGCCAUGGAGGUACAGAUGCAGCAUCAUUUGUCAGACAUAACAUCCUUAGAUUCAUAGUUGAGGACUCCCAAUUCCCAAUCUGUGUGGAGAAGGCAAUUAAGAGUGCUUUUGUUAAAGCUGAUUAUGCAUUUGCUGAUGCCAGUUCUCUUGAUAUCUCCUCUGGCACCACUGCUCUAACUGCACUUAUUUUUGGCAGGACAAUGAUAAUUGCAAACGCCGGGGAUUGUCGUGCAGUUGUCGGGAGGCGAGGUAGGGCAAUCGAGAUGUCGAAGGACCAUAAACCCAAUUGCACAUCUGAAAGAAUAAGAAUUGAGAAACUUGGCGGUGUCAUAUAUGAUGGCUACCUCAAUGGCCAAUUAUCUGUGGCUCGUGCUUUAGGAGACUGGCACAUGAAGGGGCCCAAAGGUUCUGCCUGCCCUUUAAGUGCAGAACCAGAGUUGCUGGAGACAUGCCUGACUGAGGACGAUGAGUUCUUGAUAAUGGGUUGCGAUGGCCUGUGGGAUGUAAUGAGCAGCCAGUGUGCUGUCACUAUGGCGAGGAAAGAAUUGAUGCUCCACAAUGAUCCUGAAAGAUGCUCAAGAGAGCUGGUCAGAGAGGCACUCAAGCGCAACACCUGUGAUAAUUUAACGGUUAUUGUGGUUUGUUUUUCUUCAGACCCUCCCCCUCGGAUAGAGAUACCUCAAUCCCGAGUUAGGAGGAGUAUAUCAGCGGAAGGAUUGAAUUUACUCAAAGGCGUAUUGGACUGUAAUUCAUGAUUAGGAAGGGGAAUGGUUGAAAGAUUGAUGUACAUAUAUUGAGGUGACUAUUGGUUAAGGGCAUUUUAGCCCCUGAGCUGCUGCUGCAGCCAUUUACUUGGGCUACUCCCACUGCACUUGUUGCUCUUGUUCUUUUUGUUGCCCCCUUUUCGAUGGCUGACAUUCAGCCUCAUUCAUAGAAAUAAAAUUAUGUAGGAUUGAUUUUCA